UUAUCAGCUAGUGGGAAAUAAUUUAUCAUAGUAUGGUAUCACAUUUUUUUUGUUUUUAUUUUGAUUCGAUUGAUAUUCGAACACGGAAGUGGUUUCGUUUCGUUCGUGUGUUGACGCUCGCAUUGCGAAACAUGUCCUAUAGCUUUUUUAGAACUUUAUAAAAAUGUCUAAAUUAUGGUGAACGAUUCGUCGGCCCCAUAGUAAAGGAAGUAGAUCUGAAGAUGGCCUCGAGAGGGGACAAAGGGAAUGGAAAUGGCGAGGAGCAGAUCGUAGAGACGUUGGCGGAGGUGUUCCGCUGUUUCAUCUGUAUGGAGAAACUGGUGGAUGCGCACCUAUGUCCCCACUGCUCCAAGUUGUGUUGCUAUGCCUGCGUGCGGCGAUGGCUGACGGAGCAGAGGUCCCAGUGCCCUCACUGCCGAGCCUCGCUGCACCUGCAUGAGCUCGUUAACUGCCGCUGGGUGGAGGAGGUCACCCAGCAGAUCGAGACCAUGCAACAGACUAACUCCGCUAGUCAACGAGAGAGCUUUAGGGAUAGAUGCCCAACACACCAAGAGAAGCUGACGGUGUACUGCUGGACAUGCCGGCGCUGCAUCUGCCACCAGUGCGCGCUGUGGGGCGGCACGCACUCGGGACACACCUUCAAGCCGCUGGAGGAGGUGUACGAGCAGCACGUCACCCAGAUCCGAGAUGAGGUGGCCCAGCUGAGGCGCAGGCUGAUGGAGCUUAUUAGCCUGGUGCAGGAUGUGGAGCGUAACGUAGAAUCCGUUCGAGCGGCGAAAGACGAGCGCGUCCGCGAGAUUCGAAACGCGGUCGAGCUGAUGAUCUCCCGCCUGGACUCGGCGCUGAAGGCCAAGCUGCUGACGCUCAUGGGCCAGAAGAACAGCCUCACGCAGGAGACGGAACAACUGGAGCACCUGCUUCAAGAAAUAGAGCAUCAGCUACAUGCUAGCACUAGAUCCGAGCUGAUCGCCAAGAGCGGCGAACUAUCGAAAAUGAUCCAUCAAGUGCGAAAGAAACCGAUGGCUAGCUUUGUGACCGCGCCCGUACCGGCCGAUUUCCAUAGCGAAAUCGUGCCGAGCUACGACAGCAGUACGUUCCCGCUUACAAACUUCACGCAGCUGCAACACGCGGCGGCGCCCGUGUACUCCCUGCCGCUACACGUCAACGGGUUAUGCUGGCGACUGAAGGUCUACCCGGACGGGAAUGGAGUGGUACGGGGGAAUUAUCUCUCCGUGUUUUUGGAACUCAGCGCCGGAUUGCCCGAGACCUCCAAGUACGAGUACCGGGUGGAGAUGCUGCAUCAAGUGUCUCGCGACCCGUCGAAGAAUAUCGUGCGCGAAUUCGCGUCUGACUUCGAGGUCGGCGAGUGCUGGGGCUACAACCGGUUCUUCAGGCUGGACUUGUUGGCCAGCGAGGGGUAUUUGAACCCGGAGACUGACACGCUGAUCUUGAGGUUCCAAGUGCGUCCGCCGACGUUCUACCAGCGCUGCCGCGACCAGCAGUGGUACAUCAACCAGCUCAUCACCAUGCAGAACCAGCACGUUCUGCAGAUCAAUGAUCUCAAAGAGCGUCUCACCCUAGAGAUGUCUCGCAACUCGCUAGCGACCGCCGCGACUCGCGCGCCGCCUGCCGCCGCUGCAACCGAACCCGACAAUCCCGCACAGAAUAACCCUGUCGAUGGGAACAGUCUCAGCGACUCCAUGGUGUUUAACCAGUGGAAGUUCAACGCGCACAACAUCAUGAGCGGGCAGAGGCUGGCUAGUCCAGGCAUUUUGAACACGACUAUCUUCGCUGAAGACACUCGCAACAACGAGGUGUCGAGCCAGCCGGCCUACGCUUACGGGGAUUACCCGCAACCGCCGCGUCUGCCGUCCCACCCGCACGCCACGCACGCGCUCGACGCCUACAACCUACCCUCUACUUCCAGGUCGGCGAAUUCGCUGCACGCGCCCGGCGCAGACAGCAUGGCGCUGGUCAGCCUGCAUACACUUCUGAGCGCGGGCCGAGCGCCGCGCGCCGCCAAGCCGCCGCGCCUCGACAAGCGCCUCGCGCUCGCCAAGGACUCCUGCACCACGCUCACUGCCGUCGCGAGUACCCCAGUGACGGAAGCGAGCCAAGCCGCAAGCAACGUGGUCCUUUGCUCUUCCAUUUCGUCGCCAGAGCUGCAGGCCGGGCCGGGGGCGAAGCCCGAGCCGCAGGCGCCCGAGCCGGCCGCGGAGGCGCUGGACAGCCCCAAUAAUACGCAGGCGGCGCACGCGGCCUCUGAGACCAGCAGCGAUACUGGGGAGCUGAUGUUCAGCGAGCUGGAGGUGUUCGCGGACGAAGCGGGCGCAGGCGCUGCUGAUGACAACUCCAACGAGGAGAACGACGUCGACGAUGAGACCAUGUCCGGAGAGAACGACAUCGAGGGCGCCGUCGCGUGGGGCCGCGCCGGCGACGCGGGCAGCGACAUACUCAGCCGCCUGCUGUGCGCUGUACAGACGAGAGGAGUCACUGGUCACGGCGGCGUGACGCCGGCGGGCACGGACGGGUCGGCGCCGGCGCCGGUGGCGCGGCCCGAGCACGACCCGCAGCUGUCCACGGCCGCGCACACAGACAUGCUGCUGCUAAACCUCAUGCGCAUUAACGGCCUCACGCCCAAGCACGCGCGGCACGGUCCAAAACGCCACUGGGCAGCCAGCACCCAAAGCCCCGAAAGCGAGCACCGCUCCCCAACCAACAGCGGGCAGGGAUCGCGAGGGCCGCGCCGCGCUAGCAACGCCGCUUCCCGCUCGCGUCGCUUACCCCGCACGCCUAUGUUGUCCCCGGGGCAGUUACGGCAUACGCAUCAUAAUGAACCAGUGAGACCUGCAGAGCCCGACCGCUCGGGGCACUGCUCGGGCGCCGGCGCCGGCACGUCUGCGAUCUCGACGGAGCGCGCGUCGUCGCCGGCGCUCGCGCUGCACGACUACUGGCCCUCCGUGUCGUCCGUCAGCGACAAUGACGAGGUCGAACUCAUUUUGGACUACAACGACACGCUCUUCGAUAUGCUGCUGAACACGCUAUCCCUGGAGAGUCCCGGCGCCGCGCCGGAAUGCCUGGGCUCCGAAACCGGCGCGCGCGCCGCCACGCCGCCGGUUCAGCCGUGGUCGCCGCCGUCGGCGCCGGCGCAGCGCGACUUGGACUGACCCGGC